UCCUUGACCCGCUGGCUCGAUGAAUUUCCCUUGAACCUGUUCAUCAGUUUCCCCAAGUUGGCCUCGGCGGCGAGCAAUUUAUCGGAAUCUUCGGAUGCUCUUCUCCGCUUCCGAGAGGAUGAGGUGGCCUCUGGUACUGGGUCAGACUUGACAGACCAACCUGGAACAUCGAAUAGUGGCAUGAUGGCGGUUGAGGACAAUGAGCGGUGGUGGUGGUUGAGGUGGAAGAGUGGAAGAAGCACAGGGCACGUUCAGAAAAUGCCGGUGACCAAACAAAUAGGCGAUAAAGAGAUAAGAUCGACCGUCGGUCAAUUGGACUACAACAAGGGUCAACUAAAGUGCCUCUAUUAACCCUUACCGUCCCGGCCGAUAAGCAACGACACACCUUGACUUCGUAUCAUGUCCUCCAAAGUAAAUCAGCUAUCGCAUCCCGUCGUCAACGCAGAGCUCUCAAAGCUCAGGCAGUCGUCGACGUCCUCGAAGGAGUUCCGUGAGGGCAUUAACCACAUUAGUCUAAUACUAGGGCUUGAAGCCUCACGAUCUCUUGAAGAAGAGUCCUUUGAUGGACAAACACCCAUUGGACCGUUCAAGGGCACUGUUAUCAAACCUCGUGUGGGUUUGACGCCGAUUCUGCGUGCUGGUUUGGGAAUGUCAGACGCCCUGUUGACUCUCUUCCCAUCAGCGCCCGUCUACCAUCUCGGUCUUUAUAGAGAGAAGGUUACUCUCCAGCCUGUAGAAUACUAUUCCAAGCUCCCUCCGUCUCCUUCAGUUGACAAAGUUUUCUUGCUCGAUCCUCUGAUCGCGACUGGUGGAACGGCUUGUGCUGCCUUAUCUAUGAUCGUGGAUUGGGGUAUUCCUAUCCAGAACGUCAAGCUUCUCUGCGUCCUGGCUUCAAAACCGGGAUUGGAACAUGUCCAGGCCGAGUUUCCUGAAUUAGAGAUCUGGGUGGCUGGCGUUGACGAUGAGUUGACACCCCAAGGUAUCAUAAGCCCGGGUCUCGGAGACACCGGUGACCGCCUCUUCAACACCAUCCGUGCAUGAUUACUAUAGGAUAGAUUGUAUAUACCUAUUGAUUGUCGUAGAAUGACAUGCUGAAAAGAACAAACCAAGUUUGACCAUUCCA